AUGUAUUUGGCUUCGGUUUUCAUAGCUUUUUUCGUCGUAUUGAUCACUGCUGUCUAUUGGCUGAGAGGGCGAAAAGACAAAUCCAAACCAAGGAUUUGUGUCCUAGUCCUUGGAGAUGUUGGUAGAAGUCCCCGCAUGCAGUACCAUGCACUUUCUUGUGCAAAGGCGGGAUUUGAUGUAGACCUAGUGGGAUUCGGAGGUAUGUGAUAUAUUGGCCUUUUAUUGGCCUCUUCUGUAACUUCAGGAGUUUUUGGCCCGGGGGUGGGGGGUACUCGAUAUAUUCCUGGGUGGGGAGGUGCGGCGCGGCCCCUCAUACCCUGAACCUGUUUAAGACAAAUAUCGCUGAUUUUCCUACCCUGUUUAAGACAGAAUUCCGAUUUUUGAUACCCUGUUUAAGACAUUAUUUUAUCCUGUUUAAGACAAAAAUUGAUAAAUCGAUACCCUGAUUAAGACAAAAAAUGAUAAAUUCGAUACCCUGUUUGAGACAAAAAUCCCGAAAAACAUACCCUGGCUGGCCGCACGUCCCCAUUAAGCCCUUUAUAAGGGAUUACCCCCCCCCCUGGGGUUUUUGGGCCCCUGAUUAUAGAUUCCUCCUCCUUUCUUCCAUUCCCGUUGCAUGUUGACAAGGUACUUAAAUUUCUACCACCACAGGCAAGAUAUAAUAGACAGAUGUUCUUACAUGUCACUACUCAAAAUCUCCUAUUUUUUGCUUUUUUCCCUCUUAAAAAACAUUUUCUUGGCAAUAAUGAAUUAUUAAUUAAUUAUUAAUCAAAUUAAAUAUUAAUUACCCUUCAGAAAAAUUAAUGAGAUCAAAGGAGUAGCAUAUUUUUUAUCAGCCACCCUGUCAGAAAUGACCUCUUGCAUCAAUCUGAAAGGUGCGGUGGGAGUGGGUAAAGUGGAUAUUGGAUAGGCUGCUUCUCUGGUCCUUUUGGACAUCAGCCCCUUGGUGAUCCACAGGGUAAGAAAAAAACACCAUUAAGGAUGGGGUGGUAUGUAAAGCUAAGGGAGAGGAAGUUGGUGGGGGCAGGGGUGGGGAGUAUGAUCUCAAGGCUGGCAGCACAUCUUGGCACAUCCUGGCCCCAUCUCAUCAUGGUUGUUUUCAGUCCCCUUGUUGGUGAGAGGAAUCACAGGGGCCAAGGGUGGUGGGUAAUUAACAAUUAUUCCACGUGUGCACGUUGGAUAUGAGAUGGUGGAUAGCCAAUGAGGCGCAUAGUGCUGAGUUGGCUAUCAUCAUCCCAUACCCAACAAGUGCAAGUGGAAUAAUAAUAAUUCCACUUAUUGUUUUAUUAAAAACGCCCAUAAAAUAUCGAGAAUUCUUCCCGACUUUAUUUGUUAAAACAACUGAUUUUCAGCUUGUUAUUAAUUUUGGGCAGAUGCUUACAAUUACCAUACUUGGAGAGCAUGGUGUAAUGGCUCAUAUACCAUGAUGGCGAAGCCAGUCAGAGCUCUAGUUAGUUAGCUCUACAGUUUUAAUUAUUCUGAAUAGUUUUAUGAACUUUUUAAAGGUUGUUGUUUAAUCUAAAUAUUUUGUAGGGUCCAGCCCUAUCAAGGAACUCACAGAGAGUGGAAAGGUCUCUAUACAGAUUUUAUCAGACUUUCCAGAAAUAUUUAGAGGUAAGACUUUCAGUAAUGCUUUAGUCACUGGGCCAUGUGUGUUUCUGUACCUCCCAGGGGGUGUACUCCAUUAUAUGGCCUAUACAGCGAUGUGCUGCUAUCCAUGGUAUGGUUUUUGUUCUCUCUGUUCUAAACAGUGUACACUGUAUGAUGAUUUUGGGUGAGUCUGUCCUAAACAGAUUAUAUAAUUUCAUUUGAGUAUGUCCUAAUUAUAAACAGGGUAUUGCCCGUACGACUGAGUUGAUUUGCUUGAUAAAAUUUGUUUGUACUCCAAAUAUUACAAAAGCAAUGACUAUACUGUGACUUUUCUCAACUGUAAUUGCCAAUGAAUGGCUUUAAAACAAGAUGGUGUGAAAUUGACCUUUGUCCUCAACAGGUUACAUGCAAUAAAGGUUAGGUUGUCAUCCUAAUCAGGAUAUGUUUUUUAGGGUUUUUUAAUUUGUCCUAAACAGGGUCAGGGUUUCAAACCCUCCACUGGUCGAGUACAAUCCCCCCCACCCCCUCCCCCUUCACCACCAGGCUGUUCCUUCUGUGUAACGUGGUGUCACAUGAAGCAAUUCUAAUGCGCAAAUCUAAAUAGUAGUAGUAUGCUAACAGUUGAAACUGCAUAGAAGGAAACAAACUAUUAAACUAUAAUUGUGCAAAUGUUUGCAAAGCAAAGCUUCAUUUUGAAUUACUUCUGUCACAAGCUGCAAUACAAUGCUAACAGGAAAGAACUUUUAUUGAUUUUCUCAAUCUUCAUUAUAGGUUUGCCUAAAUUGGCAUUUUUUGCAGUAAAGGCAGUAUUGCAGUUUAUCCAGCUCUUUUCCGUCCUCAUAUGCUGCGGGUCUCAAUGCACACAUUUUUUAGUCCAGGUAUUCAAGCAGUUAUUUUAUGGUACAGGUAAUAAAAGGUCUAGGAAAGACCACAUAAAUAAGAGCUCAGACUCUGGCCUGUUUACAGCCCCUAUUUUUACUGAAGAUCAUUUGGAUCAAGCGUUUACCAUUUCAAGAUGUCAUGGCUGAUCAGGGUUUCAAGAACGUUGUGGGGGCAGGCAUCCAGGUGUAAACCAUUGGGGAGAGAGGUUAGAAAAAAUGGGGAGACUGUAUGUAAUAACUUCAUCACAGCUCAUUUUAAAUGAGUUAGUUGCUCCAGUAAUGCAAAUGUCUGAUUGGUCAUCAGUCAAUAUGUUUUAAAUCGGGCUUCAUAGCAUAUUUAGUAGACACAUGGUGACAAAUAUGAAAAUGGCUUUUGCACAUCUAUUGUGAGAAAACACCUUUGCCUGGAAGUGGAGUUUCCAAGCAAAAACAAGAAGGAAUGGUCAGAAUUUGCUAGAGGGCAGGAAGGAGUAGAUUUGCUUUGCCUUGCAAUUGCAUGCACAGUACUGUGUAUUACAGCAUAUUCACUCAGUAAUGCCUGAUGAUUUUGACCUUUAUUAAUAAAGACCAGCAAGAAGCCAGGAAUGCUGACAACUCAGCCAGCCAUCUGUUGCAUCUUAAAUAAAUUAUAGAUUUUCAGUUGAAAAUUAAUCUAUUGUUUUUUAAUUUCAAAAUCACACGAUAAAAUUUGGUAUGUAUUACCUCUGUGGGGAAUAUGUCAAAAUUUUGAUGUUAAGGUUACGGUUGUAAAUACAAUGAGCAUACCAUAAAUCCCCUAUUAAGCCCCCUGGGUGCUUUUGUUAAUAUAUUUUUUUUUUUUUUUUUAUAACAAAAAAAAAAAAAAUUUUUAGUUAUUUAUACUUGUUGUAGAUAAUAAUUAAGAUUUUUUUUUUGAUGAUGGUGUUAAAAAAAAAAAAAAAACAACAAAAACCCCCCUAUCCGCCCCCCGUGUUGUUUUUUUUUUUUAUUAAGUGGGGGGGGGGGGGGGGGGGGGGCGCUUAUUUAAUUUUAACGAAGAUGAUGGUAUCAAUUCUCCACUAAAGCUAAAAGUAAAGUGGAAAAGCUCAGGCACAUGAAGAUGGAGGUGAUGCAGCCAGGAGAGAUGAAAAAAAAUAUCUGAACUUCCAGCAUGUGAAUAAAUCAUACCAGGUCGCAGAUCAGUCCACAUGGUGUGUUAAAGUCUACCAUUUAAGAAUAAAGGGGGAGGGCAGAGGGGGGGCCUGAAUAACUUUCUUCCCCUAAAAUGGGGGGGUGGGGGCUUAAUAGAGGAUUUAUGGUAAUUCUUUAUCUCAUACUCAGCCUCAUCCAAUAACUGCUAAUUGUUUCAUUAAUAGAAUCCUCCAGCUAUUCCAUCACUUGCUGCCGUCUGUUUUGUAAGCAUGUUAUGUGGUAGCAAGUUCAUUAUCGAUUGGCACAAUUAUGGCUUUACAAUUUUGGCCCUCGGAGUGAAAAACGAUGGACAUCCUUUGGUGAAGAUUGCAAGAUGGUAGGUCUCUUUUCUGGGGCCUUAUGACCCAAGCAAUGUACAAUGUCAAGUCGGAGAUUAAGUUCUUCCUGACGCUAAUUAAGGGGGCUGUGUUACAUUUUCCUAGUUCAUUUGGUUAAUUUUGCCAAUAACGUGUCUUUAUACGAUAAGGAAAUUAACAUUAGUGAGGAAUCACAGCUUUGUUUCUAAGAAAUAUCUCUUGCAAAGCAUCGUAAGUCAUGCGUUAAAAACAACAAAUGGAACUGGAAAAACUGUUAGGCUAACAAGUUUUCGAAAAUGACAACUGCAAUGUGUUUUAAUUUUCUCCAAGUUUGUCCAUUCGUGCCCUCUUUUGUAUACGUUACCUUCUUUUAUCAGGGGUGGAUCCAGGUUAUUUUUUUAGGAGGGGGUGCACUCGUCUCUUGCUGUACUUCAACACCAAUAAACCACAUAGUUUUUUUUUUUUGCAGAAUACCAGUUGUAUUAGAAAACCGCAGGUCAUCUCAGGGGGGAUGCGCACCCCCUGCACCCUCCCCCUAGAUCCGCCCCUGUUUAUUGUCUCUGGCUGUUUGAAUUUUGAUAAAUUUCGUGACACAGCUCCUUUAGAGCUAAGAUGUCAAGGGAGAGUAUUUUUCAAUAUUUUGUAGGUAUGAGUUCUUCUUUGGAAGCAUGUCCUCACAUAAUUUAUGUGUCACUCAAGCAAUGCAGAAGGAUUUGUGGGAUCACAGGGGAAUUAGGUUUGUAAACAAUGAUUAGCAGACAGUACAUUUAAUUAUUGGUUUCAUGAGAAAUAGUUCAUUUUGUUUCCAAAAAACAGCCAAACAUUGAGAAUUAAGGGGAUCUGCAGUCAUUAGUAAUUUGAUGGCACAACAAGCACAAGAUCCAAGCGUACCCUAAAUAUGAAAAUUACAGGCAACAGCUAGAUCUCAACAAUCACAGGCUAUGGUGCGUGGCCCCCUUAGACUAAAGAAAAACUGAGACUUGAGAAAAAAUAUUUUUGAGUGGACCCCCUUUCUUCAAGGAUUUAAUCCAUUACUGACUCUCAACCUCUGCUUUCGUAGAUUUUGGUAUUUUAAUUGGCAGUUUUAGCGACUUUUAGCAGAAAAUAGUUUCAUUCAUUUUUGUUAGAUGAAUGAGCCAAUGAGAGCAUGCAUAUUUUUUCGUGAAAACCAUAUAACAAUAAUAUUUUGCAUUUGUGUUAGGGUGGUUAAUUCUGUUGAGGCUAAAGGUAAAGGUUUUGCAUUGUCAAAGUUGUAGUUUGCAAUAAUAACCUAAACAUUUUUGUAGCAUCUUGAUAGAAUGUAAUUUAUGUACAUAACAGUAUCUAGUGACCUUUUUUUCCUUUUCACACUCUCAGUUUUUUAAUUGAUGUCUUUCAGUAGAUUGACAACUUCCUUUUAGCUCUUCAAGUUAAAAAAAAAUACUUACAGUGCAUGUACAGCUGUGUACCAUACUAUCUUGUUUCCAGGGCAGUCACACUUUAUGACAGACCUCCAUUACGUUUUCAAGCAGUGGAUCUUACUUCACAACAUGAGGUGACUUAUGCUUGUUUGUCUGUUAAUAAAAUUGUCCAACAUGGUGUGCAUUUCAUUGUUUUCCUUUUGUUUUUAUUGCAUGGUAAAUUUAGUAUUUCCCAUAGUUCUGUUGACAGUUUGCUGCUUGUAGUGCAGAAAAUGAAAAUGGGUACAAAAAGAGUGGUUGGAAUAUCGAUAUAUUGACUUUUAGAAACACACUUGUAAGCCAUCUAAAAUUUGGGGAAGAAACCUUAGAAACACAGGUAAUAUACACUAAUAACAUACAUGAUUUAAAUCGAGAGGUAAAACAAUGCAAUAAUUAUUAUUUGGGUAAUCAGGUUACAUUAUUCUUGGAAAGUAAUAUCAUCAAUUCAACAUUUCUAUUUUUGUAGCUUUUUGAAAAACUAUCAAAAGAAUAUGAAGUUUUCAGUGCAUUGGAAAGGUAAUAACUUUUAUGUGGCUUUUUAAUGUAGUAAGAAAUUUUCAAGUGACCUUCCCAUUUAUCUGAAUAAGGACACUUUGACACAUUAUAUUUUAGUAUUAUAAGUGUUAAGUUAACAUUAUUUUUAUCCCAUUUAAAGCCCUUCAGAAUAUAAGGAAAAUGUUGCUUCCAUGACAGCAUUUACACUCCAGCUCAAAGAUGGGAGAGUUCUCAACAGACAGCACCGAUCUGCUCUAUUGGUCAGCAGUACUAGCUGGACAGGUAGCACCUACUUUCUUCCUUUUGAAACAGGAUUACAUGUAGAUACCAGUAUGGAUGUCCAUAGCAGAUCAAUCUUGUCUUUGUCUCCUAGCCCUAAUUCAUUGAUAAUUAGAGCUAGGAGACAAAGGAAAUAGAGAAUGAACCUAGAUUACAAAAUUUUAACCUGUAACAUAUGACACACAACCUCAUACCAUUACUUCAUAGUAAGACAUCACACAAAAUAAAUGGUUUUUUUUUUCAUUUUAUCAUAUGCCUUUGUUUUUAAUUUUACAGAAGAUGAAGACUUUUCCAUUCUUUUGGAUGCUCUUGAAGGUAAGAAUUCUUCAUUAAAUUUUCCUGUUUCUUCUGGUAGAACAUGUGAGAGGGGAAAUGAACUUGUUACUUAAUACUUGGACUUGACUUCUAUUAAUAAUCUCAUGGUUUGUUAAAUUUCAACAGCCUAUGAGAAGUUUAUCACUGAAAAUAAGGAAAAUCUUCCCUCGUUAGUUUGUGCAAUAACUGGUGAGUUUUAAGCUCAUGUCAAAGCGUUUAGACAAUUUUUUUUAAAUGUUACUUUAAUUUAAUGAAAUACAAAUCUGCUCAUAUUGUUGUUUUCCUUUCUCAGGCAAAGGACCUUUAAAGAAAUAUUACCAAAACAUAAUUAUUAAUGAAAAGGAUUUUAAACAUGUGAGAAUAUGUACUCCAUGGCUGGAGCCAGAAGAUUAUCCAAGACUGCUUGGUAGGCCAUUUACUCUAUAUCAAUUUUAUGAAAGGUUACUUUUAAAGUUGUUGCAUGUCACAAGACACAAGGUUCUCAUUGCUCAGAAUGUCAGAUCGAAAAUAUCCAAAGAUGCCUGAAGAUUCUUUCCGAAGGCGUUGGAAGAUAUCUAUAGACGUUUAUCAGAUUUUAAAGUCAUUCUCACUCUUUUGGCACUUCAAUGUCUCCAACAUCUCGUACAGCAACUGGAAGUCAAGAAGGCUCAUGUGCUUGGACUUCUGUUUUCUGAAUAUAAAAAGUAAUGGGGUUAAAUAACAGUCUUUGAUGGAAGAACUAUAGAAGGUAGUUCAAAUAAAGAGUUCAAAAACAAGUUCUUGUAGUUCAAGAUGUACAUUUAGUUUCUUGGCCCCUGCAAGCUAAACGCAAAAGUUUAGGCGAGAGCAAAUGGGAAAAGGAAGUGGUUUGCUUUGUUUAGCUCUUACUUUAACUGUUACUUUCAUUUUUCACACUAACGCUUGCUACUCAGGCUUGAAUCAAAGGGUAGCUAUUUCUUGAGGUUGUGUCCACCAAGUUUUGUUCACCAAACUAGUAGUCAUUUUCGCAAAACCAAGAAAUUCUAAUUUGUUUGAAGCGAAGGAGUUGGCAAAAUGUCACAUAAGAAUAGAAAUAAAUAAUAAUAAUAAUAAUAAUAAUAAUAAUAAUAACAAUAAUAACAAUAAUAAUAAUUGCAAUAAUAAUAAAUUAGAUGUAUAUACUUUCAGGUUCAGCAGAUCUUGGUGUGUGUCUUCAUAAAUCUUCCUCAGGACUUGAUUUACCGAUGAAGGUCAGUCUACUUAGAGCUUCAUUACCUUCGUUCUAUGCUUCCUGAUCCCUGCACUUGAAGAGUUAGAUUGCUUUAUACCUGAAGAAACUUCACCUUAUGCUUUAAGUCUGUGAUAAAUUAAAUUUUUUGACCAUUAUAAUGUACUCAUGGCUAUCAACCUGUUGCCUGCGUAGCAUUCGUUUAAGUGGGAAGGGAAGGGGGAAUUCGGGCGAUGUCACCUGAAUGGCGCCCUCGCGCGCCCAAAUACAGUCAAAACCCGCAACUAAGAACCUACAUUUUUAGGAGUUAGCCUAAACAGGUUCUUAUAUAAAUGGUAGUUAACAGAAUUUUAGGCUUUUUAGGUUCUUAAAAUUGGUUCUUUAUCCUGGAGAAAAAACAAUUAAAACGCAGCUGCAAACAAGUUGGUCAUUAGCCUAUACUUUUAUUUUCUUCAGCCCCACCCCCUCCCCCCCCCCAAAAAAAACAUUUAGGAAUAUAUCAAUUUUCUUUAAAAAAACAUUUAUAACAUAGCGCGCGUGCUUGCCCUAUACAAGUCCUAUUGAGCCGCUAUGAACAAAAUCUUUAUUUACGCACGCCCGUGCGUAAAUAACAUGACGUAAGCAUUUUUUUUUUUAACCUGGCUGCAAAGUUGUUGUCUUUUAAGCUGCAGUGCACUUUUCCUUCUCUUUAAAAUAUGGAAGAAACCAGUGAAAUACUGCCCAAUUUUUCUAUCGGCAUUGACCUUUUAGAUCCUGAUCCAACAAGCAGCAAAAAUAAAGCCGAAUUAAAAAAAACUCGCAAGUUGCGCGUUUCGCCAAUUUGUCGAAGACAAGCUGCAGCAAAUUUUGGCUGAAAGACAUUCACUGGGAACAGAACAGACACCAACUGGUCAUCAACAACAUUUAAAGGCAAAAUCUCCGUUUUUAUUGUUGUUUUUAAAUUUGUUAUGCACUUUGUUAUCUCCCGGGACAAUCCGACUUAAGCAGGAAAAUUUAUCUCGCAAUAACAACACAAAUUACACAAGAAGACAUAAAUUUACUAGUCACAAAAACAACUGCUGCCAGGUCUUCUCAAGAAGCCGUAAUGACCAGCCAAUGUUCGUAAAUGAAUAUAAGUUUAAAGAAGGAUAACAGUCGUCUUCGCUAAAAACAUGUUUUCUGGAUUUCGCCGAGCAAAACGUAAACAUCUUUUCAGCAAAUCCAAACCAUACUCCACGACUUCUUACGAACAUGUUAGUAUUUUAACUUAAGGUGAAGUUUAAGACUCUUUUACCUUUGUUUCUGCUUAGUUUCCAUUGAUCGUUAACGAAUAAAGAAGCAAAUUUUCUUUCUCACUUUUACAAAAAGAAUAUUUUCAUUCAAACUAAAGGAUUGUGGCGUGUUCGCAAUCAGCCAACAGAACCGUUUGUUAUUGUGUCGCGCGUUACGAGAAUUUUGUAGGUUAAUCAAAAAGCAAGCAUUUUUGUCAGCUAUGUUAUAAAAGAAUUUGCUCAUGCUUUUAGCUGUGCGUAUAUCGAGUUAUGGAUGCACUUGGGAAGUUUGGAGAGCACUAAAGAAGCUAGAGUUGCACUCGGCUAUCGCCUCGUGCAACUCUUACGCAUCUUUCGUGCUCUCCAAACUUCCCGCGUGCAUCCAUAACUCGAUAUACGCACGCUAAGCAUGAACAAAUUCUUAAUUUUACAACAAUGGCAAUGUGCUUUUUUUGCUUCAAAUAUGAUUCUUGCAAUGCAGCUGUAAUGUACUAUUAUGAUUUAAGAAAAUAAGAACCUGUUUUAAAUUUCUUAGGCUAAAUAGGUUCUUGUUUAUAGGGGGUAUAAAUGACCAAUUUUAGGCUAACAGGUUCUUAAUUUUUAGGUUCUUAGUUGCGGGUUUUUACUGUACCCAAUUCAAACCAAGGGUGACCUUCUAUGUAUGGCAUAUACGGGGAUGUGCCGUCGUGUGUAGCUUACUGAGAACAGGAUCCCAAAUUCGGAGAAUUCACCUUUUUCUUGUCUAGCCGGCGAGCAAGCUCUCCAUUCGCGGGAGUCACGAGAAGUCACGCGAGAGCCGCACGCCAAACAACAACUGCAACUUUGUUCAUACCCAACAGUAUACUAUACUGAUAAACAAAAUGAAUUAACAAAAAUAUAGAGGAGUACAGGCUGCCCCAAAUAACCAUAGGAACUAAAGAAAAUGGGCAGCCAUAAGGAGCAGUUAACAGGAGACGUAAGUACGAGGGUCGCUCGGCCUCGCUCGCGCGUUAGCUCGCGCGCCCUCUCGCUUGCUCGCAGGCUAUUUCUUGUCUGGAACAAGUUCAGAGACGUGGAGAAUACGCAGCAUAUGCUCUCGUAGAAAAUUUAAGGAACCACCGCCUGGGAACGGAUGGUACGUCGGAGUCGUAACUAACAGUGCACACAUGUAUAUUGUCCUUAUCAGGUGGUUGACAUGUUUGGAUGUGGCCUACCAGUGUGUGCUAUACAUUUUGAUUGGUAAGAGUGCGGACUAACAUUUCAUUUUUUGUUAUGUCACCACCACUCUUGAUUUUUGAGGAAGUCAUCCAGGAUGAAACUUCGUUUCUGUCUUUUGCAUCUCAUUAGCGUUCGAUCUUGGACAUAUCUGUUUUCUUCUCUUUUUCUUUCAGCUUACAUGAGUUAGUGAAACAUGAAGAAAACGGACUGAUAUUCCAUGACAGCUUAGAGCUCGCUCAACAACUGAAGGUAUGUUUCAUGAAUCUGGCACCAUCUGUUACAGUCUUGUUGCCUCCAGGAGUAUAACUGAACUUCCAAUAGACCGUUGCACGGUUUUUACAAGUUUUGAUAAAGACCAGUAAGCGAAUAUCCAUGGACACUGCUGAACAUUUACAAGUAUAAUGGUAAUACGUCCAAAGCGAGCGAAGAUAUUGCUUUCACAAAGUCGCGAAAUUUUACAGACGUUUGCCAUAGUGAGGGCAAGCAUGCGUAGCACGCGUUUCCGUUUGGUUUCGGAGCAAAAAGAGCUCUUGGAAGGGGACUUUCGGUUUUGACCGCGCGAGAAAUGAAACGAGAACCAAACUUUCCCGCUCUUUAACUUGUGCCAUUUUUCGCGCGGUCUUUGACUCUUGUUCCUAAACCGCACAGAAACGCUUGCUACGCAGGCUAGGUGAGGACAAGAGCUUGACGCCCCACCAAACAAAGGGCUGUAAAAUUCCGCGACUUUGCGGAGCUAUUUCUUCUUCAGUUCAAAACAAACCACUUUUAAACUUGUCAGUUUAACAGAUUUUUAGGUGUUAGUCCGUCCAGCCACGUUGACGGAGUUUUGCUGACUGGUCCCGUCAUUCACAAGUCCUUUAUAUUAAUUUUACGGUUAGCAAACGCACCAGAGUGUUUGUACUGCACAAGAAAAGUAAAGUGUUUUUCAAUCAAUCUAAAAAAUGUGUCAAUUCAUAAAAAUGGAAAGUGACUAAGUUGGGAUCGCGAAAAUUACGUAUUUGCCCAAAAGUGACUAAGAUGGGGUCUAUAAUUGAUCACAGAAUAGACGAUAAUGGGGUAGGGGCCCUGAGGGGCCAGCGGCACAUAUCCAGCAAAAAUUACCCCAAGUAACCCCCCCCCCCCCCCCCACCCCCCUCCCCCCCCAAAAGCCCCCCCCUCCACAAAUUUAAAAAAUUUUUUUUUUUGGGCGGUUUUGUGUAUUUGCCGGGUUUUUGUAAAAUUUGAAUUUAUAUAUGUGGUUGUGGGUGUUCUUUUUUUAGGGUUUUGCUUUUUGUUUUUUUUUUUUUUUUUUUUUUUGUUUUUUCCCCCCCCCCCCCACCCCCGAACUCCUCUACCACGCUAAGAGCCUGCCUUAGCAUAAUUUAACAAAUUUUAUCUGUUGGUCAGUUGAUGUAUGUAUGCCGAGUUUCGUUAAAGUUAGUAAUUAUAUAGGUGUCUGGGUGUUCCCUUUGUCGAGGGUUUUCCCUUGGUUAGUUUUGUUUGUUUUGUUUUGCAAUUACUGAAAUAAGGUUAUGUAUCCAUCUUUUGUUGUUAUCUAAGCUUUUAUUUUGAUUGUUCUUUUGACAUUAUAGCAAAACCUACCUAUAUGCUCUUCAGUAUGGGCCAGAUAUUAAUAAUUGUUCUUAACAGUAUGAGUCUUUUCAGUCGCUUAAUUGGUCUUCAUUUUCUUUGACAGAAACUUUUUAAAGGGUUUCCUUUGAGCAAACCUUUACUCUCAAGUUACAAAGAAAAUCUUGCAAGUUUUCAAAGGACACGAUGGGAUGCGAGCUGGAAUAAGAUUGUCCUCCCUCUACUAAAGGAAAUUUGA